AUGAAGCACCAACAGACAUUUUUGAAUCAGUUGAGAGAAAUUACUGGCAUUAAUGACACCCAGAUACUGCAGCAAGCUUUGAAGGAUAGUAAUGGAAACUUGGAAUUAGCAGUAGCUUUUCUUACUGCAAAGAAUGCAAAGACCCCUCAGCAGGAGGAGACCACUUACUAUCAAACAGCACUUCCUGGCAACGAUAGAUACAUCAGUGUGGGAAGCCAAGCAGAUACAAAUGUGAUUGAUCUUACUGGAGAUGAUAAAGAUGAUCUUCAGAGAGCAAUUGCCUUAAGUUUGGCAGAAUCAAACAGGGCAUUCAGGGAGACUGGAAUAACUGAUGAGGAACAAGCCAUUAGCAGGUCUGUUGUAGAAGUAUGGUCACUAUUCAAUCUUUUGGAAUUUAGAAGAUUAGUUCUGAAUUACAAGCCUCCAUCAAAUGCUCAAGAUUUACCUCGAAAUCAAAAGGAACAUCGAAAUUUGCCUUUUAUGCGUGAACUGAGGUACCUAUUUGCACUUCUUGUUGGUACUAAAAGGAAAUAUGUUGAUCCAUCAAGAGCAGUAGAAAUUCUUAAGGAUGCCUUCAAAUCAAAUGACUCACAGCAGCAAGAUGUGAGUGAAUUUACACACAAAUUAUUAGAUUGGUUAGAAGAUGCCUUCCAAAUGAAAGCUGAAGAGGAGACGGAUGAAGAGAAGCCAAAGAACCCCAUGGUAGAGUUGUUCUAUGGAAGAUUCCUCGCUGUAGGAAUACUAGAAGGUAAAAAAUUUGAAAACACUGAGAUGUUUGGUCAGUAUCCACUUCAAGUCAAUGGAUUCAAAGAUCUGCAUGAGUGCCUAGAAGCUGCAAUGAUUGAAGGAGAAAUUGAAUCUUUACAUUCAGAAAAUUCAGGAAAAUCAGGCCAAGAGCAUUGGUUUACUGAACUGCCACCUGUGUUAACUUUUGAAUUGUCAAGAUUUGAAUUUAAUCAGGCAUUAGGACGACCAGAAAAAAUACACAACAAAUUAGAAUUUCCUCAAGUAUUAUAUUUGGACAGAUAUAUGCACAGAAACAGAGAAAUAACGAGAAUUAAGCGGGAAGAGAUCAAGAGACUGAAAGAUUACCUCACAGUAUUACAGCAAAGAUUAGAAAGAUAUUUAAGCUAUGGUUCAGGUCCCAAACGAUUCCCUUUGGUAGAUGUUUUACAGUAUGCAUUGGAAUUUGCCUCAAGUAAACCUGUUUGCACAUCUCCUAUUGAAGAUAUUGACUCUAGUUCUCCACCUAGUGGUUCUGUAACAUCACAACCAUUAUCAAGCGCAACAGAACAACAGGGAACUCCUUCUUCAGAGCUGCCCAGCACGUCGCCUGCAUUAGUUGCUGCCAUUCCCUCGAGGUCAGUGAUACACAAGCCAUUCACUCAGUCUCGGAUACCCCCAGAUUUACCCAUGCAUCCAGCACCAAGGCACAUCACAGAAGAAGAACUUUCUGUUCUGGAAAGCUGUUUACAUCGCUGGAGGACAGAAAUAGAAAAUGACACAAGAGAUUUGCAGGAAAGCAUAUCCAGAAUCCACCGAACAAUUGAACUAAUGUACUCUGACAAAUCCAUGAUCCAAGUUCCUUACCGCUUACAUGCUGUUUUAGUUCAUGAAGGCCAAGCUAAUGCAGGGCACUACUGGGCCUAUAUAUUUGACCAUCGUGAAAGCAGGUGGAUGAAGUACAAUGAUAUUGCUGUGACAAAAUCAUCAUGGGAAGAACUCAUGAGGGAUUCCUUCGGUGGUUAUAGAAACGCCAGUGCAUAUUGCUUAAUGUACAUAAAUGAUAAGGCACAAUUCUUAAUACAAGAGGAAUUUAAUAAAGAAACUGGGCAGGCCCUUGUUGGAAUAGAAACAUUACCACCAGAUUUAAGAGAUUUUGUUGAGGAAGACAACCAACGAUUUGAAAAAGAACUAGAAGAAUGGGAUGCACAACUAACCCAGAAAGCUUUGCAGGAAAAGCUUUUAGCAGCUCAGAAGAUGAGAGAAUCAGAAUCUUCUGUGACAACAGCACAAGCAGGAGAACCAGAAUAUCUAGAACAGCCUUCAAGAAGUGAUUUCUCAAAGCACUUGAAAGAAGAAACUAUUCGAAUAAUUACCAAGGCAUCACAUGAGCAUGAAGAUAAAAGUCCUGAAACAGUUUUGCAGUCGAAACCUGAAACUACCACAAGCCAACCACCUUCUAACCAGCAAGUUGUAGAGGUGGCGAUUCCUCAUGUAGGCAAAUUUAUGAUUGAAUCAAAGGAGGGGGGGUAUGACGAUGAGAUCAUGAUGACACCGAAUAUGCAAGGUAUUAUCAUGGCCAUAGGUAAAUCCAGGAAUGUGUAUGACAGGUGUGGUCCUGAAGCAGGGUUCUUUAAGGCCAUUAAGUUGGAGUAUACAAGAUUGGUUAAGUUGGCCCAGGAAGACACCCCACCAGAGACAGAUUAUCGUUUACAUCAUGUAGUAGUCUACUUCAUCCAGAACCAGGCUCCAAAGAAAAUCAUUGAGAAAACCCUACUAGAACAAUUUGGAGACAGAAAUUUGAGUUUCGAUGAAAGGUGUCAUAAUAUCAUGAAAGUUGCUCAAGCUAAACUUGAAAUGAUAAAACCAGAAGAAGUAAACAUGGAGGAAUAUGAGGAGUGGCAUCAAGAUUAUAAGAAAUUCAGGGAAACCACUAUGUAUCUCAUAAUCGGAUUAGAAAAUUUUCAAAGAGAAAGUUAUAUAGAUUCCUUGCUGUUCCUUAUCUGUGCUUACCAGAAUAACAAAGAGCUCUUGUCCAAGGGCCCAUACAGAGGACAUGAUGAAGAGUUGAUAUCACAUUAUAGAAGAGAAUGUUUACUAAAAUUAAAUGAGCAAGCUGCAGAACUAUUUGAAUCUGGAGAGGAUCGAGAAGUAAACAAUGGCUUGAUUAUCAUGAAUGAAUUUAUUGUUCCAUUUUUGCCUCUGUUAUUGGUGGAUGAGAUGGAGGAGAAAGAUAUACUUGCUGUGGAAGAUAUGAGGAAUCGAUGGUGUUCCUACUUAGGACAAGAAAUGGAAUCAAAUCUCCAAGAAAAGCUGACAGAUUUUCUUCCAAAACUGCUUGACUGCUCUUCAGAGAUUAAAGGUUUCCAUGAGCCCCCGAAGUUACCUUCAUAUUCUACACAUGAACUCUGUGAGCGAUUUGCCCGAAUCAUGUUGUCCCUCAGUCGAACGCCUGCUGAUGGGAGAUAAACAGCGCACUCUUUCCUUCAACGCACUGUAUAAACUUUUUUUUAGUUCUUAACCCUUGCGUUGCUGUCACAGGGUUUGCUUGUUGCUGCUAUAGUUUUUAACUUUUUUAUUUUAAUAACUGCAAAAGACAAAAUGUCUAUACAGACUUUAGCCAGACUACACACAAUAAAGCUGAGAAUUGCAUGGCACUCAGACUCGUUUUAACCAGAACUGAUGAAAACGGCAACCCACUUGCUUUCAUUAUGGCAAAACUUCUUUUGCCACCCUUCUAUUACAGUAUUACUUCGCUUUCAUCUUUUCUUUAUCAACAGCUUUCAUUGCAGUCUGGAUAUUUCCAUGACUAAGCCAUUUAAGUGUUCAACACUGUAUGAUACAUAAUUAUUUGAUAGCUUGUAAAUGAAAUGAAAGAAUAAAGUUUUAUUUAUGGCUACC